UUCGGAUAUUUGGUGGCGGCUCCGAUUGGAGCCUUUUGCCAUGAGGAACUUCAAAGGAGUCGACUUCGUGACUUUGCUUUGCAGCAAGGAGGAGGCCCAGGAGCUGCUGUCUGACUUGAAGGAGUUCCUGUCCAGAUCCCGGACUGAUUUUCCCAGCAGCCGCUAUGAUGCUGAGAGAAGGCAAGUUUGUGACACCAUCCUGAGGGCUUGCAACCAGCAGCUGACUGCCAAGAUCCUUUGCCCCCGGCACCUGCAGAGUCUGCUGAGGCUGGCAGAGCUGGCCUGUGAUGGCUAUUUGUCGUCCACUCCACAGCGCCCUCCUCUCUAUCUGGAACGGAUUCUUUUCAUCUUACUUCGGAAUGGUUUGGCUCAGGGCAGCCCAGACACUGUGCUCUGCCUUGCCCAGCCUCUCCAUGCCUGUUUGGUGCAGAGCUCUCGAGAGGCUGCGCCUCAGGACUAUGAGGCCGUGGCCCGCGGCAGUUACUCUCUGCUUUGGAAGGGAGCAGAAGCACUGUCAGAGCGGCAAGCGGCCUUCUCAACCCGGCUGAAGGCCUUGAGUUUUUUAGUACUCUUGGAGGAUGACAGCGUCCCUUGUGAGGUCCCUCACUUUGCUUCUCCAACGGCCUGUCGCGUAGUAGCUGCCUACCAGCUGUUUGAUGCUAGUGGACGUGGCCUAGAUGAAGCGGAGGCUGACUUCCUGUAUGACUUGCUCUCUAGGCAUGUGAUCAGCGUCUUGGUAGGUGAGGGUGGGCGCGCUCCUGGUCCUCUUUCUCCCCAGAGGGCCCUCUGCCUCCUGGAACUCACCUUAGAGCACUGUCGUCGCCUCUGCUGGAGCCACCACCACCACAAGGCUACUAGCGCAGUGGAGAAGGCUCGUGACCACCUAGAGAACAGCAGUGUAGCGCCCAGCCUCCAGGUUUGCCAGGUGGGGCUUGAGCUGCUGGAAGCUGCAGAAAAAAGACCAGGGACAGUGGCCCAGCUUCUGAUGAAGGCAUCGGCUAUUCUGAACAACAGUCUGGAGGCACCAUUGCCCCCGCUUCGGGCCUUGUAUGACAGCUGCCAGUUCUUCCUUUCAAGCCUGGAGAGAGGCAUCAAGGGGCGCUAUGGACUCGAUGCCAUAUUGAACCUCUUUGCUUUUCUUGGAGGAUACUGCUCCCUUGUCCGGCAGCUUCGAGAUGUCUGUGGAGUUUCCUCCAAGCAGCAGCAGUCUUUGCUUCAGAUGCACUUCCAGGGUCUUCACCUUUUCACCGGGAUGGUGUACGACUUUGCCCAAAGCUGUCAGGCAGCUGAGCUGGCCCAGCUAGUGGACAGUUGCAGGUCUACUGUUACCUGGAUGCUGGAGGCCUUAGCGGAUCUGUCAGGCAGAGAGCUGACAGACUACCUGGGGACGACUGCCUCUUACAGCAGCAACUUGGCCUACAGCUUCUUCAGUCACAAGCUCUAUGAUGAGGCCUGUGCCAUCUUGGAGCCAGUCUGUCAGCACCUGGGCUUGGCAAAGUUCGGUGCUUGCCCUGAGGUGCCUCCUGAGAAGCUGCAUAGGUGCUUCCGGCUGCAUGUGGAGAGUCUGAAGAAGCUGGGUAAACAGGCCCAGGGCUGCGAGAUGGUGACCUUAUGGCUGGCAGCUCUGCAACCUUACAGCUUUGAACACAUGGUGGAGCCAGUCACUUUCUGGGUUCGGGUCAAAAUGGAUGCAGCCAGGGCAGGAGACAAGGAGCUGCAGCUGAAGACUUUGCGAGACAGCUUAAGUUGCUGGGACCCAGAGACACAGGUCUCGUUGCUGAGGGAGGAGCUGCGGGCCUACAAGGCAGUGCGUGUUGACACUGGACAGGAGCGCUUCAAUGUCAUCUGUGAUCUGCUGGAGCUCAGCCCUGAAGAGACGGCAGCUGGAGCCUGGGCACGAGCUACCCACCUGGUGGAACUGGCUCAGGUGCUAUGCUACCACAACUUUGCCCAGCAGACCGACUGCUCUGCCUUGGAUGCUAUCCAGGAAGCCCUGCAGCUUUUGGAGUCUGUGAGGCCUGAGGUGCAGGAACAAGAUUGCCUUCUGGACGAUAAAGCACAGGCCUUGUUAUGGCUCUAUAUCUGUACCUUGGAGACCAAAAUGCAGGAAGGUAUCGAGCGGGAUCGGAGGGCCCAGGUCCCUACUACAAUGGAGGAGUUUGAAGUCAAUGACCUGAACUAUGAAGAUAAACUCCAGGAAGAUCGUUUCCUGUAUAGUAACAUCGCCUUCAACCUGGCUGCUGACGCAGCUCAGUCCAGAUGCCUAGACCAAGCCUUGACCCUGUGGAAGGAAGUACUGACAAAGGAGCCAGCCCCAGCUGUGCGGUGUCUCCAGCAGACCUUGGCUUCCCUUCAAAUCCUUGUGGCCCUCUAUCAGUUGGUGGCAAAGCCCCUACAGGCCCUGGAGACCCUCCUGCUUCUUCAGACUGUGUCUAAGAGACUACAGGACCACGCAAAAGCAGUCAGCGUUUCCUGCCAGCUCACCCAGCAACUCUUGAGCCUUGGCUGUCCCAGCUAUGCCCAGUUGUACCUGGAGGAAGCGGAGUCAGGCCUGAAGCGUCUGGACCAGACUACCGACACCUAUCAGCUGCUGUCCCUGACCUGUGCUCUGCUGCGCAGUCAGUUCUGCUGGGCUGACCAGAAGGUCACUGAAGGUGUUUCUCUACUGCUUUCUGUCCUUGGGAAUCCUGCCCUCCAGAAGUCUUCCAAGGCUUGGUACUUGCUGCGUGUCCAGGCCCUGCAAACAUUGGCUUCCUACCUUAGCCUCUCUUCGAACCUUCUCUCAAGUGUUCUGCGUGAGCAGCUCUGGGAUCAAGGCUGGCAGACCCCCGAGACAGCACUCUUAGAUGCCCAUAAGCUCCUCCGAAGCAUUGUCAUCCUGCUUAUGGGUGGAGAUGUGCUCUCACUUCAGAAAGCAGCUGCGCAGUCAUCCUUCCUAGACUACGGUGAAAAAUCUAGUGCAAAAGUGCAAGUUCUUACAGAGGUGCUGAGCUGCUCAGAGAAGCUCAUCAGCCGCCUGGGCCAUCUGGGGAAUGUGAAUGAAGCCAAGGCCUUUUGCUUAGAGGCCCUGAAACUCACAACCAAGCUGCAGAUACCUCACCAGUGUGCCCUGUUCCUUGUACUGAAAGGUGAGCUGGAGCUGGCCCGAGGUGACAUUGACCUCUGUCAGUCAGACUUGCAGCAGGUUCUGUUCCUGCUGGAGUCUUCCACAGAGUUUGGUGGGGUGACCCAGCACCCAGAUUGUGUGAAAAAGGUCCAUAUGCAGAAAGGGAAGCAGCAGGCCCAAGUUUCCUGUUGCCCGCAGCUCCCAGAGGAGGAACCCUUCCUAAGAGGCCCUGCCCUGGAGCUGGUGGCCACUGUGCUCAAGGAACCUGGCCCUACCCAACCCUCUGCAAACUCCUCCCCAGUCCUGAAAACCAAGCCCCCACCUGACCCUGUCCUGUCCCACUCACCCACCUGUGACUGCUUGCUGUGCUCCAGCCCUGUCCUCUCGGCAGUCUGUCUGCGCUGGGUGUUGGUCACUGCAGGAGCAAAGCUGGCCAUGGGUCAGAAAGCCCCGGGCCUGGAUCUGCUGCGAGCUGUGCUGAAAGGUUGCCCUGCAACCACCAAGCGCUUCACACAAAAUCUUCAAGCUUCGCUGAAACACAGGACACCCCCCCUCUCCUGUCCGAGCCUCUUUGAUGAGCUCAUGGCUCAAGUGUACACACGCCUGGCACUGGAAUGCCUGAACCAGACACCUGAAAAGAGCUUGGGAAAGGUCCUGGCUACGGGGCUGAAGUUUGUGGCAACACGGAUACAAUACUUGGAGUUCUGGCAAGCCAACCUGCUCUUGAUUCAGGCUCUUGCAAAGCUGGCUAGCUUCAGCUGCUGUACUUCCCAACUUUUUGCAAGCACCUGGGGCUGGCAGCCACCAUUGGUAAAAGUUUCCACAGUCUUAAAACCUUCUAAGGUUCGGAGACAAAAGUACUCUGGAGAGGGCCGCCGGCAGGCAGCCUCUGCUCUCCCUCCCGUCUCUAAUAUCUCUCAGAAAGGUCUGGAAGAGGAUGGGCUACCUUGUACCCCUAAGCCCCCUGGCCGGGCUAGGCAGGCUGGCCCUCAUGUCCCUUUUACCAUAUUUGAAGAAGUCUACACUACAAAAAGCAAAGCCGAGGUUCCCUUGGCCCCCAAGGUACAUAGGAGGGGUCAACCAGACUCGCCUCAAGGUAAGUGAAACUUCAGUGAUGACAGUGACCUGAAGACCUUGUCUCAGCUAAGCACACUUGUAGAGGAACCUAAGAGAAGAGGCACUGCUGGCCGGGGGUCGGGGCCAAACUAGGAAGGGGCUCAAGCUUGAAGACAGAUGCAGUAGUUUGCUGCAGGUAGUGCCCCUGGACACAUCAGUCUCAGUGGGAGGGGUCGUCCCAAGAAGGUGGCUUCAAAACAUUGUGAAGAAGAGAGUCCCAGUAAACAGCGCUCUGUGUCCGGGCUAAGCCUGGGACCCGAGGUCAUGAGAACUAUCCCUGAAGAGGAGCUGACGGACAGCCACCCUGGAAUGAGCUUUGAAACGCUCAGGGGUUCCGAUGGGGAAGACUCGGCCUCAGGUGUGAAGACGGCAGCUGCAGGCCCUGGCCUGCCCAUAGGAGAGUGUGAGGUGUUGAGACGGGAGUCCUGCAAGGCAGAGCUGCCUGCCCUAUACCCUGACAAGGAGGCCGGGAGUGACCCUAGUACUUGGCUCCCACCGCACUCAGUUUCUGUACCCAUUGAUCUUUCUACCCUGGACUCCAUCACUGACUCACUGAGCAUCGCCUUCCGUGGUGUCAGUCACUGCCCUCCCAGUGGCCUCUACUCCCACCUCUGCCGACUCCUGGCUUUGUGCCUGGGCCACCGGGAUCCCUAUGCCACUGCGUUUCUUGUUGCUGAAUCUGUGUCCAUCACCUGUCGCCACCAGCUGCUCACCCAUCUGCACCGACAGCUCAGCAAAGCCCAGAAGCAGCAAGGAUCACCAGAAUUAGCAGAGCGUCUACAAGAGCUGAACCUGAAAGAGAGAUCUGGAGAUGUCCCCUUGGCCCGCAUCCAGCGCCUCUUUUCCUUCAGGACUUUGGGAUCUGGCUACUUCCCCCAGGCAGAGAAGGACAGUUUCCAGGAACGCCUGGCUGAGAUCCCCACUGGGGUGACCGUCUGUGUGUUGGCUCUGGCCACCCUCCAGCCUGGAACCUUGAGUAACACUCUCCUGCUGACCCGACUGGAAAAGGACAACCCCCCAGUUACUGUGAAGAUUCCCACUGCCCAAAACAAGUUACCACUAAGCUCCGUUCUGAAAGAGUUUGAUGCCAUCCAGAAGGACCAGAAAGAAAACAGCAGCUGUACAGAGAAGCGGGCAUGGUGGACAGGGAGACUGGCACUAGAUCAAAGAAUGGAGGAACUCAUUACCUCGCUGGAAGAGCAUGUGCUGGGCUGCUGGCGGGGGCUGCUGCUGCCAUCCAGUGCAGACCCUGGCUCUGCGCAGGAGGCCUCCCGCUUAAAGGAGCUGCUGCAGGAGUGUGGCUGGAGAUACCCUGACUGCACUCUCCUAAAAGUCAUUCUUAGUGGUGCCAGAAUCCUCAACAGCCGGGAUGUUCAGGCCUUGGCAUAUGGGCUAUGCCCAGCCCAGCCAGAGCGUGCCCGAGUGCUCCUGAGUGAGGCAAUAGAACGGGUGCAGAGCCAGGUGACCCCUCCCAGUCAGCAUCUCGUGUUGGUGCUAGACAAGGACCUGCAAAAACUACCAUGGGAAAGCAUGCCCAGCCUCCGGGCACUGCCCGUCACCCGGCUGCCCUCCUUCCACUUCCUACUCAGCUACUCUAUCACUAAAGAGGCUGGGGCAUCAUCGGUGCUGAGCCAAGGUGUGGACCCACGGAAUACCUUCUAUGUCCUAAACCCUCACAGUAACCUGACAAGCACAGAGGAGCGAUUUCGAGCCAGUUUUAGCAGUGAAACUGGCUGGAAAGGAGUGAUUGGGGAAGUCCCGAGCCUGGAGCAGGUUCAGGCUGCCCUGACAGAGCACGACUUAUACAUCUAUGCAGGGCACGGAGCUGGCGCCCGGUUCCUUGAUGGGCAGGCUAUCCUGCGGCUGAGCUGCCGGGCAGUGGCCCUGCUGUUUGGCUGUAGCAGUGCAGCCCUCGCUGUGCAUGGCAGUCUGGAGGGAGCUGGAAUCGUGCUCAAGUACAUCAUGGCUGGCUGCCCCUUGUUUCUAGGUAACCUCUGGGAUGUGACUGACCGGGACAUUGACCGUUAUACGGAGGCUUUGCUUCAGGGCUGGCUAGGAGCAGGCCCAGGGGCCCCCCUUCUCUACUAUGUCAGCCAGGCCCGCCAGGCUCCUCGACUCAAGUACCUUAUUGGUGCUGCACCUGUAGCCUAUGGCCUACCUGUCUCUCUACAAACAUCCUGAAGCUGGCUUAUCUGUGGUAGAGGCUAUGUGACUAUCUACCUUCAAACGUAGUUUUAAUUAACUAUUUAGAAUUUUUAAAGUGGUUUUUCCCUGGUGUUUUGUAUGAAAUGUUUCCUUUUAAUGUGACCUUAAUAAAGAUAUAUGCCAAGCCUCA